AGAUUGACGGAGGGGCCUAAGAGCUACCUGUCUAUCAUGUCAUUUCAAACAAACACCAUCGACAGCGACGAAACUCAAGAAAAAAAGAAAUUAAAACGAAACCCAUUUUACGCCCUUGAAGAACUGGAUCCUUUCUCUCUUUAUUUUUCUUUUUCCAUCUUUUUAUGAAUCAGCUGAAGAGGGUCUCUGUUGCUCUUUUGUCCUUUAAUGUUUGAUGGGUCUGUUUGAUUUCGCUGCAGAACUGGUGGGGUUCUUUGGCUCCGUGAAGUUUUAGUGGAAAACUUAGGUUGAGAUUUAUACAUUUUUGGGAAUACGAAGUGGGUUUUUGGGUAAUCUCAGUGGGGGUUUGAAUUUGAGGGAUUUGGGGAUAAAGUGGGAGGCAAGAAGAGGGGAAUAUUGGGGUUCGUUCUAAAAGUAGCGAGGAAUCUGAGUUUUAACUUUUGGAACUUUCUGGGAAAUUUUGGAACCACCCCAAAAAGUUACGUGAAACCCAUUUUCGAACCUUGAAAAUUCAAACGACAGAUUUUGUUGGGUUUUUCUUUCUUCACUGUCGGUUUGAUUUACGUUUUUUUGAACUCUGUUUCUUUAAGGGCUUUUGAUUUCAUACCUGGCGGAGUUUACCAAGAGACUUCGUUUGUGUUGAGGGUUUGGGGAUUUGGGGAAAUGGCCAUGGCUAUGGCUACGGCCCAUCACAGAGAGAGUGGCGAUGGGGGUAUCGAUGGCCACCUUGAUAGCACCGGGAAGUAUGUCCGUUACACGACGGAGCAAGUGGAAGCUCUUGAGCGAGUUUAUGCGGAAUGUCCUAAACCGAGCUCUUUGCGGCGGCAGCAGCUAGUUCGUGAUUGCCCCAUUUUGGCUAACAUCGAGCCAAAGCAGAUCAAAGUCUGGUUCCAGAACCGCAGGUGUAGAGAGAAACAGAGGAAAGAGGCUUCUCGUUUACAGUCAUUGAAUAGUAAAUUGACGGCCAUGAACAAGCUGUUGAUGGAGGAGAACGAUAGGUUACAGAAACAAGUGUCUCAGCUCGUUUGUGAGAAUGGGUCUAUGCGACAACAUUUGCAAACUGCUAACGCUGCAGCAGCACCAAUUACUGAUGCAAGCUGUGACACAGUGGCUACUGCCCCUCAGCAUUUACUUAGAGAUGCUAGUAGCCCUGCUGGACUCCUGUCUAUUGCAGAGGAGAUUUUGGCAGCCUUCCUGUCAAAGGCUACAGGAACUGCUAUCGAUUGGGUCCAGAUGCCUGGGAUGAAGCCUGGUCCGGAUUCGGUGGGAAUCUUCGCCGUUUCACAGAGUUGCAGUGGAGUAGCGGCUCGAGCCUGUGGUCUUGUUAGUUUAGAGCCCAUGAAGAUUGACGAGAUCCUAAAAGAUCGUCCAUCUUGGUUUCGUGAUUGCCGGAGCGUUGAAGUCUUUACGACGUUUCCCACUGGUAAUGGUGGGACGAUCGAACUUGUUUAUACGCAGGUUUACGCUCCGACUACGUUAGCACCUGCACGAGAUUUUUGGACUCUAAGAUACACGAAAACCUUGGAAAAUGGAAAUCUUGCAGUUUGUGAGAGAUCGCUGUCCGGGUCAGGCACGGGGCCUAAUUCAGCUUCUGCUGCUCAGUUCGUGCGAGCCGAAAUGCUUCCCAGUGGUUAUUUGAUUCGUCCUUGCGAUGGCGGAGGUUCAAUCAUCCACAUUGUAGAUCACCUAAAUCUCGAGCCUGGGAGCGUGCCAGAGGUCGUGAGACCACUUUACGAAUCGUCAAAGGCCGUCGCUCAGAAAAUGACUAUAGCAGCUUUUCGCUACGUUAGGCAAGUAGCUCAAGAGACAAGUGGUGAAGUAGUAUACAGUUUAGGCAGACAACCGGCCGUUCUUCGAACGUUUAGCCAAAGAUUGAGCAGAGGAUUUAAUGAGGCUGUUAAUGGAUUUAAUGAUGAUGGAUGGUCUUUGAUGAACUGUGAUGGAGCUGAAGAUGUGAGUCUUGCCAUAAAUUCAAGCAAGAAUGUAAAUACAUCGUAUGAUCCUGUCAACUCUCUUGCAUUCCAUGCGGGUGUUCUUUGUGCAAAGGCUUCCAUGCUUAUACAAAAUGUUCCUCCAAUUGCUCUAAUUCGUUUCUUGAGGGAACAUCGAUCGGAGUGGGCUGAUUUCAAUGUCGAUGCGUAUUCUGCUGCGUCGUUGAAAACUGGUUCGUAUGUAUACCCGGGCAUGAGACCGACCAGGUUUACAGGGAGCCAAAUUAUCAUGCCGCUCGGCCAUACAAUCGAACAAGAAGAGUUGCUUGAAGUUGUAAGGCUUGAGAGCCACCCUCUUGCUCAAGAAGAUACUUUUAUGUCCCGGGAUGUUCAUCUAUUGCAGAUGUGUACUGGAAUCGAUGAGAAUGCUGUUGGAGCGUGUUCCGAACUUGUGUUUGCUCCGAUCAAUGAGAUGUUUCCUGAUGAUGCUGUAUUGCUGCCUUCUGGUUUUAGGAUCAUCCCUCUACAUUCUGAAACAGGUGACUCAAAACAUACAUGGAAGAACUCGAAUAGGACUAUGGAUCUCACUUCCAAUCUUGAAGUUGGUUCAUCUGCUUCACAAGAUGCUGCUGCUGCAUCAACAUCUAACUUCAGAUCAGUUUUGACUAUUGCCUUCCAGUUCUCGUUUGGUAGCAACCUACAGGAUGACGUUGCAGCGAUGGCAAGGCAGUACGUUCGGAGUGUCGUUUCAGCUGUGCAGAGGGUUGCAGUUGCCAUAUCUCCCUCUGGAUUAAGCUUGCCAUCGGAACGAAGGCUAUCAUCUGCUUGUCCAGAAGCUCUUACCCUGGCUCGAUGGAUCUGCUAUGGCUACAGAUGCCAUACUGGAACAGAAUUGGUGCUAUCAGACAGUGUGGAUGGUGACUCAGUGUUGAAACACCUAUGGAAUCAUCAGGAUGCAAUUCUUUGUUGUUCCCUCAAGUCACUGCCCCCAGUGUUCAUGUUUGCAAACCAAGCAGGCCUCGACAUGUUGGAGACGACCUUGGUUGCGUUGCAAGACAUCACUUUGGAUAAGAUUCUCGGCGACUCUGCCCUUAAGGCCUUCUCUGCUGAUUUUUCCAAUUUAAUGCACCAGGGCUUUGCUUACAUACCUGCUGGAAUUUGCAUAUCGACUAUGGGGCGCCAUGCUUCCUUUGAACAAGCCAUUGCAUGGAAGGUUCUUGCAGAAGACGAGUCCACCGUGCACUGUCUUGCUUUCUCCUUCGUCAACUGGUCGUUCCUAUGAUUCUUUUCCCUGUACACUUGUUGAAAAUUAUGUAACAGUCCAAGAAAAUAGGAUGGGGGGUUCUACAAUUUUGUAACAUCUUAUCUAUACAUCAGCCGCAGGUUUGAAUUAUAAGGAUGUAUCCGGCAGAGAAAAUUUCUGAUGAUGUCAAAUUCUUUUGUUGUGACAAGAAUGGAAAAUGUUGCAUUUCUGGAA